AUGGCUGGCAUCUUCCGCAGUAUCUAUGACUGGCUCCUCAGGAUGUUCUGGGCCACCGAGAUGGAUGUCACCAUGAUCGGUCUCCAGAACGCCGGCAAGUCAUCUCUGCUGCGUGUGCUGGCGGGUGGGGAGUUCACCAUUGAUUCCAUUCCCACCAUCGGGUUCAACACCAAAAGGGUGCAGAAAGGCCAUGUGACCUUGAAAUGUUGGGACUUGGGCGGGCAGCCUCGGUUUCGGCCGAUGUGGGAACGGUAUUGUCGAGGCGUGAAUGCGAUCGUGUACAUCGUGGAUGCCGCAGACCGUGCUGCGCUCCCAGUGGCAAAGGAGGAACUUCAUGACCUGAUGAAGAAGCCCACACUGGAGAAUAUCCCCCUUCUAGUCCUGGGCAACAAGUCUGAUCUUCCGGACAAGCUCUCUGUGGACGAGAUCAUUGAAUCCAUGGAUUUGAAGUCCGUCACCCAUCGCGAGGUGAGCUGCUAUGGCAUUAGCGCCAAGGAGGAAACCAACCUCGAUGCCGUUCUCCGCUGGCUCAUCGCACGAGCCAGUCGAUAA